AUGUUCUUACCGGAUCCGUGCGACGUGCCCCUUUGCUCCUGCUUGGACGCCAAGGACCUCGUCAACUACAGCCAGGCGUGUAAAGAUACCCGUCGUUCCGCGGCCGCGUACGGACGGAUGGCCUUUCAGAUUCGGCACUCCCUUUCUACAUUCAUGGCCGAGAAGGACGUUCGCCCCUUCCGCGAUGUCAUGCGUCGGACGGGGACGGUCAUAACGGGCUCCGUCGCUAUCCAUUUCUUCGCGCGCACUCCUGUGGACGACGACGACCUCAAUCUAGUCAUUGAAUGGAAACAUUCCAAGGAUCUGUUCUCCUUCAUACAAUCGCUGGGCUACGUGUACGUACCCCGUCCUACCCAGGAAAAGAGCACUGUAUCCGCCGUCAACUAUGCCUAUCUGCGCUACACCCACCGUGAUCAGUACCUCGGAGCUCUGCCCAACACCGUUCUGGACGUAUUACCUUUUGCUCGCGGAACCACAUUCAUUCGCGUCAUGAUAGCCAACUUCAGCGCUAUGGAUACCAUCCUAUCAUUCCACUCCACCCCCACGAUGAACGCUAUCACCUUCCGCGCCGCCUACAGUCUCUAUCCGUGCAACACAUUUACCCGUUCCGUGGGAGUCUGCUUCCGCCAAAAUCUGCACGUCGAUAUGUACAAAAGGCGGGGCUGGACUAUGGAGGGCUCUGCAUCGGAGAGGACGCGUGCGCAACAUGGAGAAGAGGUUAAUGCGCCCAUCCGGUUCGUCGGCGACGCCAACACCUGGACCAUUGACCUCGAUGAUCGUCCUUCGCUCUUCCUGGACACGUUCAUGUACAACUCCUGGGAGCUUCGCUGGACUGGCCGCUGCAACGGGUGGAUUAUGCCACGUAUCGAGAGCGCCAGCUACAUCGGAGACGACUGGUGGCUUCAAAAUCGGACCUUCGCUGACUGUGACCUCCUCGGAGCUUUCAUGCGUAAGCUGAUGGACAACCAGCCGAGGUUUGUGAGGCAGACCGACGAGGACGUCUUGAAGUCCGUCCUAGAUAGUGCUAAGGAGAUGUUGUUUGUUUAUAGACCUCCUUGCGCGACGGACACGUUGUUCUUGCCGGGCUGGGAUCCCGAAGAAGAAUCCCAAGCUACAGAGCAGAACUCAGCCACACCCAGCGCUGCGCCGGCUGCCGCCGACGGCGUCUUCGCUCACAAGGUCUUCCAUGCCGGAUCAAAUUCACCUCGUGCGUCAAAAGCACUGGACGACGACAUCGUCCGUGAUGCCCUUAACAACCUUACACUCGGUGCCAGUGUACUGUCUGACCCCGACUUGGUCAGUGGUCUAACGUCCGAUAACAUUGUUGUAGAGCCUGAACACACCCACGACGACGGUCUUGCUCCCGCCAAGGUGCCUUCUGACGCUGGAGAUUUUGAUCAAGAUUCAGUCGGAGCACGCAGCGACGACUCUUGCAGUAUCAAUGAUAUUGGUGUCUCGUUUGUCGACGGGAGGGACCACUCCGCCGCUCACUCCGGAGACGACGCAUCCCCAGACUACGAUGUGGAGUAUGCCUCCGAAAGGGAUGAUUUGCUAUUCGACAGCGACGAUACCCAGUCCUCUUGGUCUGCGUUUUCCUUGUCGAACGACCAGCCUCCUCUAAAGCGGAUGCGGACGCAAUGA